AUGGGCCCGGGGCCAGAGCUCAACGCCACAGCACCCCCGGGGGCGGGGCCAGCCCUGCGCCUGGCCUUGGCGGCUGCCUGCGGCCUCAUCCUGCUGGUGGGGUUCACAGCCAACGGGCUCAUGCUGCUGGUGGUGGGCCGGGGCCCGCGCGGCCCUGUCCGCCCACUGCUGGCCCUGACCAACAGCCUGAUGGUGAACAUCACGCUGUCCGACCUGCUCUUCCUGGCCUGUGUGGUGCCCGUGCAGCUGCUCAGCUUCCUGCGCGCUGGCUGGUGGCUGGGCCCGGCGCUGUGCACGGCCAGCCAGGCCGCCAACACCGCCACCAUGUUCUGCACCUUCUACAGCAUGGUGGCCACGGCCCUGCUGCGCCACGCCGCCGUGGCCCGGCCCCCCGCGGCCCUCCCUGCCGGCCCGGCCGCCCGCCUGCUGCUCUGUGGGGCCAUGUGGGCCCUGGGGCUGGCGGCCUCACUGCCCAACUGGCUGUUCCAGGGGCUGGCGGGGGCCGGGCCGGGGGCGCUGGCCUGCCUGCUGCUGCGCAGCCCCCCCCAGACGUCCUGCUACUUCGCCCUGCUGGGGGCGCUGGCCUUCCUGCCCUGCGCGCUAGGCCUCGGCUGCUCCUUCAGCCACGUGGGCUGGCUGCUGAGGACGCAGCCCCGGGGGCCCACGGGGGAGAGCGUCCGGGAGCAUCGCGAGAACACAGGGCUCAUGCUCACCGUGCUGGGGGUCUUCGUGCUGAUGUGGGGCCCCUGCUCUGUGCUGGGCUACCUGUCAGCCGUGGGGGCCCUGCCUGACACCCUGGGGGUCUUUGUGGCCUCCAGCCUCUGCACCAUCCUGGCCUACUCCAACUGUGCCGUCAGCCCCAUCCUCUGCUUCUACCUCUCCCGCCCCUUCCGAGCAGGCCUCCAGGACCUCCUCCGCCUGCCGAGGGCUCCCAGGCCCCCUGGGGGCGGCAGGGUCGCUGCCGUGGGGAGAGAGCACGUCCUGCCUGGCCUCGGGGCUAUGGCGGGGCCUGAGGAGACAGCCUAA